CAAGAUUAAAGGCUGCGCAAGGUGCAAAUGGCAACGAAAGAAAUGUUCAGAGUCAUCAUGUAUAAUGGCUCCACAUUUUCCAUAUUCUGAUCCCCACAGAUUCGAAGUAAUCCAUAGAGUUUUUGGAACCAGUCAUGUACUGAGAACGCUACAAGGUUUGAAAGAAAACGAAAGGGCGGGUGCCGUAAGUAGUAUGGUGAUUGAAGCAAACGCCAGAUUGGAGAACCCCGUGCAUGGGUGUGCAAGUGCAGUUUAUCAACUGCAGAAGCAAAUCGCUGAGCUGGGAUCCGAGCUGGCAAUCACCCAGGCAGAAGUUGUGAGAAUGAGCAGGAAGCGAGAUGUGCUGUCGUCAAUCGUUACUGGCGACUAUCAUCUUUUGCCUCCAACACAACAAAAUGAUAAUUUCAUAUCAGAAGACGUUGAUGACUUAUGGGAGCCUCUGUGGAUCUCGAAAGUAUAAAAACAAACUCUAUCUUACCUUGGUUUUUGUUCAUUGAAUUUUUGUUACUAUUAAACAACUCAAAUCUA